AUGGAAGAAAAUGCCGCUUUAGAGGAGUUCUUAUAUUUGAAUGGUCUUCGUAAGUGGUCGGUAGCUAGUGAUGGAUUGUGCUUAAUAAGCAGCUGGCAAAUCGCAAUGAAAACACACUUGCAGAAAAAUUACAGCGGUGGAAAUGCGGCACUCAAGUUUGAUGCAGUUGACAAUUUGCGUAAAAACCCAAACCACUAUCAACUCAUUGGUAAUUACGAAGAUGAUUUCGAGAGGUUCUUGGAAUAUAAUGAUUACGCUGGUAAUUCUAUAGAUUUAUUGCCUUAUGCACUUGCCAACAUCACUGGUGUGUGUUGUAUAAUACUUCAAGUGGACAAAAAUGGCGAAAUUCGUACCUUUCACAUUCCCCCAUCAUACGACAUACCUGAUAACGAACCAAUUGUUAACCGACCUCCAGAAAUAACACUGAUCUACUCACCAACUAGACAGCAUUACGAUGUUGCCUUGACAUGUGAUGAAUACCAAGCAAUGGUUAUGGAAAAAACAGAAGCGCAAAAGGUAUUUAUUGAUCUUUCCAUAGACGAAGAUAUUAUUGAUGAAUCCGAAUGUAGCGACAGUAGCAUUGAUAAUGAAGAUAUGUACCGGGAUAUUUUCGCCGAUGACCCGGACAGUUCUGAUGACGAAAAUUUUACAUUCUGCGUUGAUGAUAAAGAGAUAAAGUUGUUUCUCCGGUCCAAGUCGAUAAAAGAAUUAAAGCUCUUAGCUGAACAGCACAAAAUAUCUCUUGUAAAUGUAAUCGAAAAGCAGGAUCUUGUACUACGUCUAGCUAGUAAUCCAACAUUGAAAAUAUGUGUAUCGAAAGAUAUGGGUGAGAAGAAAGCUGCCGAAGUGAAAGAAAGAAAACGAUCAAAGAAGGUAGAUCCCACAUGGUGGGAGGAUAUUGAAGCCAGAGAGGUGGAAAAAAUUCCGUACGACAUCGAUGGAACAUGCGUGUUCAAAUUAAGUUUCGAUCCCGUAGACCGACUCAAGUCCAGCGCAGAUGGAAGAUCUUGGGAAAAGUCGUACACAUGUAACACGAAAGAGUUUCCUAAUGGUCGAAGAAAAGCAGCGAAAUGUGGCGGCAGUUACACAUGCAUAAACAAUCUAUGUAUGUUUUAUGUACAAUAUGGGAAAGAAAACAACGUGCAAUGGAAGAAAACUGCUGCUGGGACCCGGCUAUGCAAGUGUUGCAAUCACUUAAUGCAACACAUACCAUGCGAGGCAAGAAAAAUAUGGGCGUUUUACCAAGAGCACGUCAUUGUCAGGCAUUUAGGAUUCCACACAUGUCCAGCAAGAAUUCCCAUGACCUUCCCCGAAGAAAUUAGCGAAACCUUCAGUAGAAAUCCCAAGACUAAACCCUCCAAAUUACAACGCGAUAUUCUGGUUAACUCUCUUCGAGAAUCCGGUAAUGUGAACGCCGUAAAAGAGUUGGCCACCAAUCUUCUCGACAAAAAAAAACUUAGAAACGAAAAACAAAAACAAUCUAAAGUAACCCACCCGCAUGGACACAGUUUUGAUGCAGUAGUUCAUCUUAAGAGACAGCUAGAUGCACAGGAUCCGUUCCUUAUCUUUGAGAUAAAUGGCGAGGGUAUGAACGAGAAUCCAUCAUAUGUUUUCAAAAGCAGCACCUUUUUGGCUAAAAUUGCUUUGGAAAUGGAUAGGUCCGGCAACCACUAUAUGUCGAAAGAGUGGGUUUUCUUUGACGCGGCCCAUAAAAGAUGUCGAGGAUUCAAAACAUUUAGCAUCACUACAUUCCACCCACUUUUAAGAAAGAUAGUGAAGUUAGCAACCAUGCGGGAAUGCAAAGAGGAAGACACCAGAUCUGUGAAAAUAAUGUGGGAGUUGUUCAAUAAAGUUUUGCAAACCGUGUCUAGGCAAAAUUUCUACAAAUUGAAUCCAUGUGGAUGGAUGGUAGACGAAGCAGGGUCAAACUGGAAAGGACUUAAAGAAGUUUACGGAGAUGAUGUUCAGACAAGAAUCGUUAGUUGUCAAUUUCACUAUCAGCAAAGUAGGAACGAUCACCGGCGUAAGUUACUGACAGACGAAGAACGUGAUAUAUUUACCAGAUUAUCCAAUGCGCUUUUCACAGCUGUUACGCCUUCAGGAUUCAUGGAGUCCUAUGAAAAAUGCUUAAAUUUUAUCAAGUCGAAACCCAACCGUGAACACGUCCUACUUAACUGGUUAACCUGGUGGUACAGCAGGCGAUCUCACGUAUUUCCAGCAUUCCGUCCUCUGCACGGCGUCCCAAGUACAAACUUGGCCGAGUCAUUUAACUCUAUCUGGUCCAACAGUGAUACCAACAAUUUAUCGCUUGUCGAUGCUGCUUACUAUGACACAGUAGAAUCACUGAUGCUGGAGACAGAAUUUGAAUGUUUCAAGGCAGGAACAUUUAAGGGAGGAGACGGCCCAGACUUUCAUACCAGAGAACAAAAAGAGCGUGUUGAACAAAUGCGACGUGCAAGAGUAUACGCAGAAGAAAUUCGAAAGGGAGGCGAAACCAUUUCCGAAGGUCAAAAUUCUCGUCAGAACGCUUCGGACUCUUUUACUCCAACGAGCUGUUCACAUCGGCCUGACAAAAGAAGUAGUUCCAGCGAACGUACUUCCUUUAAGAAACAUAAAGGGUCUCAACAAAGGGAAGCGAAAUGGCGGCAAACAAGAAGCAAAGUAUUUCAACAAAGCUUGAAGAAGGCGAAAAACGAGCCUUUCCAGUUAGUUUCGGCAAAUCUUGGAAAACAUGAAUUUAUGGUAUAUUCCGUCAAUUCUAGGAACACUUACCUUGUUUCAGUGACAACUACCCCGCAUUGUGAAUGCCCCUUUUAUAUCGUUAAACAGAACAACACUCAGCAAAUAUGCAAACAUAUACUAUGGGUGUAUUUGUUUGUGUUGGAGAUCCCCGAGGAGAGUAAACUAAUUAACCAAGUAGCGCUACUAGAAUCUGAAAUACUGGAGCUAACAUCUAACGCUCCAGCUGUAAUCCCUCCCCGACUUUUCAGACCAUCUUCAACAACAAGUGGGUCUUUCGCUCAUAACACACAUUCAUCGGCAAGUAACAUGCCAUCUACUUCAACAGCAAACAUCUCUAGUGGUAAAGUACCGAAGAUGACGAAUGACGAGAUCAAUGGUUUGUUUGAAAAUUCGCCUCUUAACACCGCUCCUCAAGUUUGGACAGCAAUGAAGAAAAUUGGCAAGGGAAAACAACCAUCUUGUGCGGGGUGCAGAAGCAGCAAAAUACUUCCGGGAAGAAUUUGCAUCCACGUGAGCGGUUUGUAUGUACCACAAAACUGCAAUUUCUGCGUGAGCAGGAACUUCUAUUUUUGCGCAAAUUUAAACUGUGUUUCAAAAAAGCCGCUGGCGUCAAACUUAAUAUGCCCUCCAUUUCAAGUGCUCGUUGGUGAGGGGACUGCAUUAAGCCUGCAAGAGUAUGAAAUGUUGGUGGAGAGGGGUUUGCCCAUGGCGUAGCUCUAUGUCCAAAGGAACAAACUAGAAACUCUGUUUGUAUACACUUGAUUAAAAACUAUAUAUUUUUACAAACCGUAAAAAUUAUUAAGAUGUUAUUUGUUAGAUAUUGCUUUUUUGGUGUUUGGUUCAUUGUUAUGGUUUUGCUAAAAGUUAUAAACAAUAAUAAAAACAAUAAAUAAUUAACUGUUUAUUUACUCGUGCUCGCUUCACUUGCUAAGUACUAAAGUACUACUAGUUUCUACUAGCGUGAAAUGUUAAAACUUGAGAAAAAAGUAAAUUUACAAAAAAUUAUUAAAAUGUGGAAGUUUUUUUCCAAAAACUGACAUAACUCUCUUCAUAAAGUACUAUAAAAAGUAAAAAAGUAAAGUAAAAAAAAGUAAAAAAAAAAAGUAAAGAAAAAAAAAGUAAAAAAAAAGUAAAGUACUAUUAGUUUCUACUAGCGUGAAAUGUUAAAACUGACACGUGAGAAAAAAGGAAGUGGAAGUGUUUUUCAAAAAACUGUCAUAACUCUCUUCAUUGCCACAAUCAUGAAUGCGGAGAGUUAUAAAAAAUGAUAACUCUCUAACAUCUUCAUAAUGUUAACGAGAG